AUGGAGAGGCUGGAGCGCAAUGCAGGCAGCUUGUCUGACCACCACCUCUACGAUGUCGUCGAAGCCUUCUUCAGCGAUGGCUUCGUCGUGCUCGAGAAUGCAGUCGGGCUCGAUAACAUUGACCGCUUGGACAAGAGAAUGCUCAAAGACACGCAAAAGCUUCUAGCUGGUGAGGGUCUGUCACAUUACGCACCUUUGAACAGCAAGAUUGCAGAGAAUGGAGCCAAGGCUGGUGGAAACCUGUCACAGGUUCCGCCCCUCGAGAAAGAAUGGCUCGAACCCCAGAUCUUCGCCAACAAACAGGCCGCCAAGAUAAUCUCCUACAUCCUCGGUCCUCAGCCUGAAGUCCACUUUCUCCGCUCAAACACCCUCCUCAACACCAACGACCGCCAACGCGUGCACUCUGACAUGCGCUUCGAGCACCCAACACAUCCCUUUGCCAUCACCCAGAACGUGUGUGUCUAA